AUGACCCGAACUGAAUUAAACUUGGCUUUGCUCAUGAACGACACUCCUAUGCCAGAGGUCAAAAAACAUGUAGGCGAUUACUUGCAACAAUUCGAUACCGUCUUUAAAAAGGCAGCCGAUAACGAGCAUUUGGUGCUUCAUUGGGAGGCAUUUGACGUUGUCAACAAGCAGGAAUACCCAUCUAUGGAUGAUAUUGACAGUGGCAAAUACGACGCUAUUCUGCUGACCGGCUCCAAACACAAUGCGCAUGACAACGAACCUUGGAUCCUCAAAUUGGUGGAUUUCAUCAAGCAGGUGCAAACCAACCAUGUCGACAAGACCAAGAUUGUAGGCAUCUGCUUUGGCCAUCAAAUCAUCCUGCGUGCUGCAGGUGGUGUCACUGGUAAGAACGAGGCAGGUUGGGAAUUGGGCUGGACACAGCUCAAGCUGACAGAGGAAGGCAAAAAGUACCUCAAAACAGAGAAAGACCUGGUUCGCAUCAACCAAUUUCACCAAGACCAUGUCUCUGUGCUACCCAACGGCUACAGAUCACUCGCUUACACUGAAGGCAGCACGCCCAAUCACAUCACUGUAUCCAACAACCAGCAAUGCUUCACUAUCCAGGGCCAUCCCGAGUUCAGCAGAGAUACCAUGCGCACCAUGCUGACCGUGAGAAGAGACACUGGUGUACUCGACAAGGACGCGGCAAACAGAGCACUCGAUAUCCUAGCCAAUGCUCCACCAGAGAUGGAAGAUGUGUGGUUUGCAGAGAGAGCUUUAGAUUUUAUUUGCGAAAGAUUGCAUGAUUAG